AUGCCCCGACUCGACACCAACGAGGUCGCCAAGUGGCUCAUGAGCGCUCCCCAGGUUGCCCGCGACCGAAGUCCCUUCUUCUGGACCUACCUCGACAAGCCCGCCGACGGCACCAUCCUCCUCACUUGGCAGCCCCUCCUGCGGCUCGGUACCAACUUCGCCACCGAUGGAUUCGUUUGGGCGCCCCCCGAACAGAUUUACAAGCACGACCUCGGCAAUGGCUUGAUGCUCGAGAUCUACUACCUCAAAGCCGGAUACAUUCCUGGCGAGCAAUAUACGCUACACACACGGCGCCGAUUCCGACUCGUCCCCGUCCCCGGACAUGCGAACCCUCCGCAGCCGGACACAAGCCUCUUCAUUGUCCACUACGGCACCGCCGAGAUGAACGACCGGAUUCCAUCCCACCUGGUGCCCUACGACGACCGCGUCAGCUCCAUCAUGCAGCAGCGACACUUUGUCCUGCGGGGAGGACAGAUUCGCCGAAAAGAGUUCAUGCUGUCCGAUCGCGUCAACUGGCCCUCCAUCCCCGAGCUCACCCGUCAGCAGAUGGGCCAGAUGGUUCCCAGGGGUGUUCCCCAGCAAGUCGCCUAUCCGACCCAGCCCGCGCCUGGGCCUCCUUCGAAGCGAGCCCGCCACUCGCAGAGCCAGGCUCAAGGUCAGGCCCAAGGUCAGGCCCAGGCUCAGGCACAGGCCCAGGCACAGGCACAACAGGCGGCCAUGCCCGGGAUGCCGGCAGCGGAUGCGACACUCGACGACGAUGAAGACAUCACCAGGGGCGACAUGUUCGACCACAUGACGCAGAGGGAAAUCUCUCUCCAGCGCUACAAGCAAAAUCACGAAUGGAUGGAGGAGAUCCUGUCAUCGGCUUAUAGGAUGCAUCAAAUCGCACCCGCAGACCUCAACCUUGGCCUCAAGGGCGAGCUUGCCGCGCUGACGGAAGGCAUCUUCACAGCACAGGCUGGCGAUGCGCUCACCAGGAUGCCUGAUAAGCCCUACGUCGGCCGGCUCGACGCCGGCCUGGCGGAUGCAUUCCGAAAACGCGUCGACCAGUACGUCGAGUCGUCCGAGACCGAGAUGAAGCAGAUGGAAGCCUCCUAUGCGGAAAUGAUGUCCCGGUUCAAGGAGAGCUCCGUUUUCGCCGCCGAAGAAGCCGGUCUGAGGGUGGACGUCAACGACGUGGCCGCCGGUAUUCUCGGUGCCGAAGGAGGCGCCGACUCCGCUUCCGAGGCCGAGAGCAGGAGUCGAGAGCCAUCCAAGAGACCUCUGGAAGCGGUUGUCAAGGACGUCGAGCUGGCCAUCGGUCGCAAGAUUGAGAGUCAGCCUCCGGUGAAGCGCAUUCAGGAUGGCGGCUAUCAGCCCCCCACGCCACCGGCUCCAGCCGCCAGCGCGCCAGUGUUGUCGCGACAGCCGUCCCAGGCGCUGUCGCAAACCAGCGGCUUCAUGGCCGGUGAGUCGGAUGUCGACAUGGGUGGCACGGCCGCCGGCUUGCUGGACCAGAUGCACACGGGCUUUUCGUCCAUGUCGACGCCCGCCAACAACCUGCCUACGCCGCAGGCUCAGAUGAUAUCGGCGGUGCAGUCAAGCGCCGCGACGCCGACCAAUGUCGAAAACCCGGCCGAGCCCGCGCCCGCGCCGGCUCCCGCGGCCGAACCUGCGGCGGCCGAACCUGUGACGUCCAAGCCGGCAGAGCCUUCGCAGCCGAGCGCCGACGUUUCUAUGGGUGGCAUGGAUGCGCCUGCGCCGGUGAAGGAGGAGGGUACGCGCGUGACGCCAGACCAGGGUACCGACAGCGGGGACUGGGUCGUCGUUCCCAAGGGCGGCACGAACGCCGACGAGGCCGAAGACCAAAAAGCGCCUGCUGAAGCCGCGGCGCCGACGCCGAAGCCGGAGCCGGAGCCUGCGCAAGCGACGACGACGGCCAAGCCGACAUCGACGGCUGCCACCCCCGCCAGUGGAUCCGCCCCUUUCGACCAAAACGACUUCAGCUCUCUCGGCGAUCUCGAUACGGCGACUGAUGCGCUUGCCGGCUACGACGCGCCUGACCUAGACGGUUCUGCGGGCGAGCUCGGCGCUGGUUUGGACUUGCAGAUGGACAUGGGUGAAGAUACGGCUUUCGGGGAUGCGUUCCAUGGCGUCGAUGCCUCUAACACGCCAGGAGACGGUGUCAACCAGGACAUGUAG